AUGACGGUUCUAUCGACUCCUUUGAAAACUUACCAUCACUGUCAGUACAAAAGGCCGGUUCCCGACGUCAACCACUCGGCCGUUCUAUCCUCAUCUCCUGCAAAGAGUCAAUCGUCUUCAUCGUCCGAUUCGAAGGAUAGUUUCCGCCUUAUUGCUCGACAGCUGCUUGAUUCGCUGCAACCCGAACCUCUCAACGUCCCACUCCGUUCUACGGAGAACAGAAACCCGGAUUUUGUUGAUCCAUCCGACAUUAUCAGCAAUGCCUCUCAGGAAGUUCCUAUCAUGCUAAGCGAUGAACCGUCCCCCUACGAGAACACUCUCCAUGGGAACCAGUAUCACCACGAGCAACAGGCUCUCUUGGACACGUCUCUUUCUACAGGCAUGGGGAGCAGCUCGUCAUACGAUUCUUCCCCGAGAUUCUUCCCCCGUUCGGAGAGUGAACCACGUUUCGUUCGAAAGCACAUUCCACACUCCAAAUCAGAAUCUCACAUCAAGAAUGAAGAAGCUUAUGAAGUCUGUGCUUACCAGCGUGAACAUCGUCAUGUUCACUUCGAUUUCUCAGAGCAGAAAAACACGGUUGAUUCUCAGCCUUCAACUCCUGUUCGAGGACGUCCUCUGGUGAGACCUUCAGUCUCCAGAAAUCACCUGAAUUACGAUGACGACGAUGACAUCGAUAUCUUCCACGGAAGCCCUAAAAAGGGGUCCAGAUCUCCCCAUAAGAAGCUCUUUGGAGAAAACGGAUGGCUUGGUCGCACUACGAGCAUGAAGGAGCAACCCGAUGAGAGGUACCGGAAAACGGCGCUCCAGAAAGUGGGCGAGAAGAUCAAGCAGCAGGUGGAAGAUUGGGUGACGGGUGAUAUGGCCAAAGCCUUUCCGAAAGACUCUCGUCAGGACAACUCACCACCCAGGAUCGUUUCGAGACCGACACUCCCCAUCUCUUUGGAUCCCCCGACGCAGGCAAAGAUGUACAGCGAGAUCGAAGUCAUGAUCUGCAUGACUGCCAACAAAUUCCUCCUUGACCAGUUCCAUAAACGCCGCAUGUCCGCGGAAUCUAUCAAGAAGAUAACCAACUUCUGGAUGUCCAAGAACAGGGCUCAAGUUAGCGAAUUCCAGUUCGAUCAGGCUACCCAGCGAGAACUCAUUCUGUACAACCUUCGUACGUUCGAAUUCCACGGCGAGUAUGCUAUCAACCCCGUUGCUCUGAAGUCGGCUCUGGACAACUGGAAGGCGGUUGCAAAGGAGAUGAGCGUGAGAACCUUUUGUUACCCCGACAGCGUUAUUCGCAAGCAUAUGCACGACACCCACAAGAUUCUCGAGAUGCUUGGUGCAUCUGACGCGACUCUGCGCGACUUUGAGUUCCUUCAGAUGAAGGUUAUCGUGAAGAUGUCAGAACAUCGCCGGAAGAACUCCGAAGGAAGCGAUGGGAAAGGCAGCCCUCGCGCACACACCGGCCGUGCCCGUUGA